AUGCCAUCUGCAGCACUGGCCCAUGAAAUUCGCUUGCGUUAUCCACAUCUCGAUCAGGCCUUCUAUUUGGACCAGUGGCCCUUUUUCAAGCCCAUGCUGGUCGUUCUGUCACCAGAUGGAGCUCGACAAGUGACACAAGGUCAAUCUCUUCCCAAAGAGCCGGGCCAGCGAGAGUUCUUGAAGCCCCUUACAGGCGGUUACGAUCUGGACACUAUGGAAGGAAACGAAUGGAAAUUUUGGCACAACGUCUUCAGCCCUGGCUUUCGAGUCGCGAAUAUCGCCGCGCUGGUGCCGAGCUUGGUCGAGAUGGCUGAAAUCUUCUGUGAUCGUCUACGCCAAUGUGUAAAGAAGAACGGGGUGGUCUCUCUGAGUCCCAUGGCUCUCGACCUUACCAUGGACUUUUCAAGCAAGGCUGUCAUGGGACACGAUAUGCAUUGCCAGACAGGCUACAACGACUUUGCCGCCGCGAUGGCUUCGCAGCUCAGCUGGCUGCAUUACCGCGGCACUUCGCCGCUGAGAGACAUGAACUUAUUCAGGCCCCUAGUCCAGCGCUACAAUACUUGGCGAAUGAACUCGUACAUCAACAGAGUACUACAAGAGAACUCACAAACUGCCAAGAGCAGACAAACGGAGUCUAUCUCAAUACUAGAUACCGCCAAUGCACCACAAGACGGGAGCCGGCUGCGGAUACUUCCCGAUGUUAUCCGGUCACAGAUCAAGUUCAUGAUGCUUGCAGGUUAUGACACAACUGGAUCAUCGAUCGUUUUCAUGACCAACCUCUUGUCGCAGCACCCAGAAGUACUGGCACGCGUUCGAGCUGAGCACGACGAUGUCUUCGGCUCUGACUUGAGGGCAACCGCGGGCCUCAUAGCCUCUCAGCCGAAGCUGCUCAACCAACUUCCAUACACGACUGCCGUCAUCAAAGAGUCAUUGCGCAUUUACCCUCCCGGAGCAACUCAGAGGCUAGGCAAUCGAGAUUUCAAUGUCUUCAUUGAGGCCUCCUCUGAUAUUCCAGAGACUGAUACAGGCGAGAAAUCUGUAUCAGCUCUGAAGUCCCUGCCGACGGAAAGGUGCAACGUCUAUAUCGUUGGCUAG